CGCGCUCGGCGGGGAGUGGGCUGUUACCAUGAAGCUAAAUGAGAACGUUUUACUGCUGGGGAAGAAGGUGGUCCUGGUGCCGUACACCCCAGCGCAUGUGCCUAGGUACCACGAGUGGAUGAAAUCAGAGGACCUGCAGCGUUUGACAGCCUCAGAGCCACUGAGCCUGGAGCAGGAGUAUGCGAUGCAGCAGAGCUGGCGGGAAGAUGCAGACAGACCCGCUAUCUCCCAGCCUCACUCGUCCCUUCUUUGCAGAGUGGAGGUGAUGACACUGUCACCUCUCUCCUCAGAGUGUACCUUCAUUGUGCUGGAUGCAGAGAAGUGGCGGGCCCAACCAGGUACCCCAGAAGAAAGCUGCAUGGCAGGAGACGUGAACCUCUUCCUCACAGACCUAGGGGACCCCGGCUUGGGGGAGAUCGAGGUCAUGAUUGCAGAGCCCAGCUGCAGGGGCAGAGGCUUUGGCACAGAGGCUGUCCUCAUGAUGAUGUCUUAUGGAGUGACCAAACUAGGUUUGAGAAAUUUUGAGGCUAAAAUCGGGCAAGCCAAUGAACCAAGCAUCCGGAUGUUCCGGAAACUUCACUUUGAUCAGGUGUCUGUGAGCAGCGUGUUCCAGGAGGUGACGCUGAGGCUGACAGUGAGUGAGCUGGAGCGGCAGUGGCUUCUGCAACAGACCAGCCACGUCCAAGAGAAGCCCUAUAGAGCUGUGUCACCAGAGCCCCCCUGACAGCCAGCCGGCCAGCCUCCCUGAAGGAAUGGGUGUCAUGACCACACACUAAAGCCAGACACCUGGUGCUGGUAUCAGACUGGCAGUGGGACCAAGCAACUCUUGGGUCAGUUGCUCUCUACCCCCAUUCCACGAGGCCAAUCUGGGACUCCUGAACUGGAACUGGAAUCUGGGCCAAGAACCUUGUUGGGGAGUAAAGUCAACCACACAUGCAA